AUGGACUACACAACCAAAAUCCGCUCCGCCCUCCAAACCCAAUCCUUCCCGACCCCCUCCCUCCCCUGGACGACAAGCCUGACCUCGCGCGUUCCAACCCCUCCACUCGCCUCGCUCAUCGCGACCGCCAAAGCCCGCCUCCUCGCCUCGGACCUCACGACGCCGGGCCUCCUCGACCCCUCCGCCACUGCGAUCCUACCCACCUCAAACUCCGAGCUGCCUGAAUCGAUCCUGCAGCGUGACGUCCCCUGCCAGGUCCUUGACGUCGAGAACUUGAGUCUUUCGCGCUGGGAGCAGGUCGAGGAGCUCGAGGCCGUCGCGAGGGGGGAGCAGACGACGGGGCGGAGGGUCGUGAGGCUUGCUGCGGCUGAGGAGCCCGAGUAUGAUAAUAUCGACGAUGGCGGCAGCGGCAGUGCUGUUGGAGCGGGUAGAGCUCCGCAACAACAGCAGCAGCAGCCGCGACGGAACGCUACGCAUCGGUUGGUAUUGCAAGACUUCAAGGGCAAUAAGAUCUAUGCGCUGGAGCUCAGACGGAUAGACAAGAUUGGGAUCGGCAGCAUGAAUAUUGGCGAAAAGGUCAUGCUCAAGAAGGGGACGGUUGUUGCAAGGGGCACGGUGUUGCUGGAGCCGGAGAAGUGUGUUAUGCUUGGGGGCAAGGUUGAUGCGUGGCAGAAGGCGUGGGUAGAGGGGCGGAUGGCGAGGUUGAAGGAGGCUGUUGAAGGGUAA